CGCCGUCCAGUUCACAAGCAGGUGUGAAGGGACGGGAUGCUAGGGUUUUUGUCGGCACGACAAGCGGGUUUGGACGACCCUCUUCACCUUCGGAGAGCGGAGUCCACACGGAGGGUUUUGGGACUGGAGUUAAACAAAGACAGAGAUGUUGAAAGGAUCCAUGGCAGUGGAGUUAACACCCUUGACAUUGACCCUGUUGAAGGGAGAUACAUGUUAUCAGGUGGUUCAGAUGGUGUGAUUGUGCUUUAUGAUCUUGAGAACUCCAGCAGACAACCUUAUUACACAUGUAAAGCAGUGUGUUCCAUUGGCAGAAGCCAUCCUGAUGUUCACAAGUACAGUGUGGAGACUGUACAGUGGUAUCCUCAUGACACUGGCAUGUUCACAUCAAGCUCAUUUGAUAAAACUCUGAAAGUAUGGGAUACAAAUACUUUACAAACUGCAGAUGUAUUUAAUUUUGAAGAAACAGUUUAUAGUCAUCAUAUGUCUCCAGUUGCCACCAAGCACUGUUUGGUAGCAGUUGGUACUAGAGGGCCCAAAGUACAACUUUGUGACUUAAAGUCUGGAUCCUGUUCCCACAUUCUACAGGGUCACAGACAAGAAAUAUUGGCAGUUUCCUGGUCACCACGUUAUGAGUAUAUCUUGGCAACUGCAAGUGCUGACAGUAAAGCAAAAUUAUGGGAUGUGAGGAGAGCAUCAGGAUGUUUGAUUACUCUUGAUCAGCAUAAUGGGAAAAAGUCACAAGCAGUUGAAUCAGCAAACACUGCUCAUAAUGGGAAAGUUAAUGGCUUAUGUUUUACAAGUGAUGGGCUUCACCUCCUCACUGUUGGUACAGAUAAUCGAAUGAGGCUCUGGAAUAGUUCCAAUGGAGAAAACACACUAGUGAACUAUGGAAAAGUAUGUAAUGACAGUAGAAAAGGAUUGAAAUUCACUGUCUCCUGUGGCUGCAGUUCAGAAUUUGUUUUUGUACCAUAUGGUAGCACCAUUGCUGUUUAUACAAUUUACUCAGGAGAACAGAUAACUAUGCUUAAGGGACAUUAUAAAAGUGUUGACUGCUGUGUAUUUCAGUCUAAUUUCCAGGAACUUUAUAGUGGUAGCAGAGACUGCAAUAUUCUUGCUUGGAUACCAUCCUUAUAUGAAUCAGUUCCUGAUGAUGAGGAGACUUCAACCAGAUCACAGUUAAAUCCAGCAUUUGAAGAUGCCUGGAGCAGCAGUGAUGAGGAAGGAUGACUAUCAUUCUUAGUACCUUUUUGUCUCUAUUGAUGAAACUUUUAAAACAGGACUGUUUUAUUGUUUUAAUUGUCCAGUGACAGCUACAUUAGCCCUGAAUUUGGGUGGUUUUUUUCCUUUUGUUUUAAAAUGAAGUUAAUAGUUGCAUGAAAUCCUGCAGCAGAGUUCCAUAUAGUUUAUUUAAUCAGAACAUGUCUCCUUGAUCCCAGUUGCUGUUGUCUGCCGCAGCCCGUAUAGCUAUAGUAGAAGGAGACAGGUCAUGGUAGCCCCUUUGUGGGAACUUGAGCAGAUUGUGUGAACAAUAAGAUGCAGUCUUGGAGGAUGAGCACGUAGAGGUUGUCAGCACUGACUUUCUCCUGCUGGUUGUACCAUCACCUUGCUCAUUUUCACUUUCAAGAAUGAUUUUACUAAGGAUUAUAUCAAAAAGUUUAGUUGAAAAGUUAGCAUCAGAAUUUGUUUAUUCUUAUUUAUGUAUUCCGUUUUUGCAAUGAUUUCAUUUACUUAACUGUUGUCUAGCUUUAUGUUAAGUUUUCUUGAACUCAUUGCCUUCCACAAUCUAAAAAGUGCAUCGCAGGAGGUAUUUAACUUAGGGAAAAUACCAUAUUUCCUUUAUUUUAAUGCAUCAGAUGGCAGCUUGAACUACUCUUCUAUGAAUCUCUUUAAGAUGUGACCAAGUCCUACUUCAUUCAUCAAAGCAGAAAAUAUCCUGGCAGGGAAUCUGGCUUAAACAUGAAAUGUCAUAAAAUUUCUAUUUUAUUUUCUACUCUUCUUGUGUCAUAACCCACAAGUGAUUAUCAUGAACCUAAUCUUAUAUUCCCUUUCUUUCUGAGUCUAUCAAUAGGAGACUAGUUAAAGAGGUUUUUGUGAGCUUGAAUACCAAGUAUACAGUUGUUGAGUUUUUAAGUGUGUGUUAGGCCUCAUAUCAGACCUUUCUGGCCAAACAUUUUCCAUACGUUUACUUUAUAGUUGAUCUUCUUAAGCCCUGACCAUUUUACUCUCACUUUUUCUCACUUGGUGAGGAUUCUUACAAUCUUUGAGAAUGCUAUUGAAAUUGGAAUUUUUUUUUAAUUUUAAGAAAAAAAGAGUCUUUCUCCAAACUGCAAAUACAUAUAGGUAACUGGUACAUUUCGAAAAGGUCCAUCUGCUGGGGAUGUAGAAUGACUACCCUCCUAGUGCCAUGGGAUAAGUCGAAUCCACUGACCGGGCAGCGCUGACAACCAAUGAGGCCAUAUCAGUACCUAGUGUCUGCGACGUUACAUGUUCCUGUAGGCAUCCAUGAACCAUUUUCCUUUUCCCCUCUGAGCUUUUCUGAGUCAAAUCUCAGCCUGUUCCUCAAAGUAGCCAGAGAUGGCUCCACCUGAGCACUCGCUUAUGUGCUGUGGGCCAUUUGUGGGUUUGGUGUGAGGGCCUUCUCAGGAGAUCAUGGCUCCCCACGAGCAUUGUUCAGGUCACAAGCUUCUCUGCUAUGUCUGCCUACUGCUGUCGCAAGCAAUCCGUUCCCCACCCUAGUAGGGUAUAAGAGGCCCCAUCCCUGGAGACCGUGGCUCAGUGUUUAAUGAAGAAGGAGAGGAGGGGAAAGGAGCACCUGGUUCCAGCAUGCCCCCCGCCAAGACCUGAAGAGUUGAUCCAAUUAAUUUUAGAAAUACAAAGCCUUGGUCCAUGCAUAUGGGCCCUCAUAAGAGCUGCUACUUAUCAACAUGCAAAGAGUCUCAUGCUCAAAACAAAAAAUGUAAAAGAUGAAGUUGAUGCCACCGUUGCUUUCCUAGAUGUAGACCCUAGCCCCUCUAAGGUUGAUUAGGACACCCUAGAGAAGGGGGGUGCUGCUUACAGAGAGGCCACUAGCGACCAAUAGGAGCUUAUCAGGUAAACACCCAACAGAAAAAAAAAGGAAAAGUUUUAGUCAUCUAGAGGUACAAGCCAUUCUGUAAGUUUAAAAAAAAAAGUGGCAGUGUGAGGAAGGGACUGAUGAUUCCAUGGACAGGGGCAAUCCCGGGGGUAAGUUGCCCAGAAGCAGCUGGCCCCUUCACCCUCCCUUUUUUCCUCUUAUCAGCCAGAAAAAGAAAGUAAAGACUGCACCUUCAGGGUGCAAAAGCCUGAAACAGGAAGAGAACAGAAAAACUGACUGCCACUUUAGGUGGAUACAAGCUCAAGGGGAGAAAAAACAGGAACUUUAAAUCUUAGGUACUAAGCAAACACCAGUCUAGCAAACAUAAUGCUAAUUGUAGAUUACUUAAGAUUUAAAAGCAAAAACAGAAAAUAAAAGGUAAUUGAAUAAUAUAUACAUAAAUAUAAUAUUAAAACAAAGUUUUAUAAUUUGAUCCAAUUGAAAAUCCAAAAUUUAUAUACUAAAUGAAUAUACUAAAGAAUUUAUAUAACAAUAAGAUUAAAAUGGCACCUUAUGAUAGAUUACUACAACGUUAAUGAUGUGGUCCCAUCCAUUGGGGCCCCCAUACUCAAUAUCCAAUGUUAUUUCUUUUAAAUUUUAUUGAAGUAUAAUUGAUUUACAAUGUUGUGUUAAUUUCUGCUGUACAGCAAAGUGACUCAGUUAUACAUAUAUAUAUUCUUUUUCAUAUUCUUUUUCAUUGUGGUUUUAUCACAGUAUAUUGAAUAUAGUUCCCUGUGCUAUACAGUAGGACCUAUAUUUUAUCCAUCCUAUAUAUAAUAGUUUGCAUCUGCUAAUCCCAAAUUCCCAAUACUUCCCUCCCCCACACCCCUCCCCCUGGGCAACCACAAGUCUGUUCUCUAUGUCUGUGAGUCUGUUUCUAUUUUGUAGAUAUGUUCAUUUGUGUUGUAUUUUAGAUUCCACAUAUGAGUGAUAUCAUAUGGUAUUUGCCUAUCUCUUUCUGACUUACUUGGCUUAGUAUGAUAAUCUCUAGGUCCAUCCAUGUUGCUGCAAAUGGCAUUAUUUCAUUCUUUUUAACUGUGUGUAUAUAUAUAUGUGUCUGUGUGUAUACAUAUAUAUAUAUAUAUUUAUUUAUCCCACAUCUUCUUUAUCCAUUCAUCUGUAGAUGGACAUUUAGGUAAAUAGUGCUGCUAUGAACAUAGGGGUGCAUGUAUCUUUUCGAAUUAUAGUUUUGUCUGGGUAUAUGCUCAGGAGUGGAAUUGCUGGAUGAUAUGGCAACAAUUUUUUUAGUUUUUUGAGGAACCACCAUACUGUUUUCCAUAGUGACUGCACCAGUUUACAUUCCCACCAACAGUGUAAGACCCUUUUCUCCACGCCCUCUCCAGCAUUUAUUAUUUGUAGACUUUUUAAUGAUGGUCAUUCUGACCAGUGUGAGGUGGUACCUCAUUGUAGUUUUGUAUAUCCGAUAUUAUUGAAAUUACUGAUUCUAUUCAGUCAACAACCGGUAAAUAUUUUGCCCCUGUACAUUUGGCUAACAUGUUCUGUUCAGUGCCUGUUUCACCAGCCUCUAGCUGCUGUUCGCCUUCACUUCAAAGAGGCACAAUACACCUUUUCCAGACUGUCCAUUGGGUACCUCAGCAGCUUUGCCAUCACAAUCUAGGCAGACAAGAUCUCAACUGCAUCCACCUUUUUCCGGGAGCACAGGUGUGAUGUUGCAUUGGUGACAUCCUCCUCCAAGGAGACUCAUUUGAUAUACAUUUAAGGUAUACAGGUCCAACAUGUUUUAGUACUUUGGGGGUUCUGAAGGCAACAUAUUCUUUAUUUACAAAUUUUACUUCCAAAUUAAAAUCAGUAGGUACUCCCUUUAGUGCCCUGAAGGACUCUUUCACCAAGGAAAUUUUGGCAACCUCUUGUCAUACCUCCUGGAAUCUCUAGACCACUUAGGAUGGCCGUAAGUUGUCCAAGGCCUUAUGAUGCAAGAAACUGCCCUCUCAGCCUCAUACUAUGCUCCAUUAAAACAACAAAUAAAAUACAUGCUGAGCUCUCUGGAAAAUAGAGGCUCUCACAGACUCGGAGCCUGUGACCUUUCAUACCCAACCGCUUGUUAAGUGUUGGGUCAUAGAAACAAUACACCAGAAACUUGGCACAGCUACCAAGGCCUCUUUAGACAGGAUGGAGCUGAGCCUGAGCUCUCUGGCAUAUUCCACUUGCAGGAGGAGGUGGCUUCCCCUGUCCUCAGUCCCUUGUUAAAUGCCAUGGUGCUGGAGGAUGUCACCCCUCCCCCAGAUCACUUGGCUGCCCAGAAUCCACUUGGGAUUAACUGAAUGAACAGCAGUGGGAGCACAUAGACUAUGCAAAUGGCACUGCUAACCAUCAUACAUGAUGGAGCUCAAUGAAAUGUUGCUGUUUUCCGUCUCUUAGCCAGGAUGUCCCUAAUAAAGGAUGGGACCCAAGAAACAACACACUCAACCAAACUGCUGGAUGCCCUGGCCAACAAGUAGCCUCAUUUCACAUUUAUUAUAAACUGCUGGGUCAUUGCCUAAAAUUGUCCCUUUAAGGGAGAAAAAAGCCAACAAAACUGGGACUCUCUUGCCUCACAGAUGUUCAAAAUAUAAGUCAAAAUCACACAUCUCCAUAUAUAUUUAGGCCACAAUACAAGGCCUUGCCAUUGCACGCCAUACUACUUUCAGAGUUACAGACAUUAUUGAUAAUAACUAAGAUACACAUUUUUCUUCUAAAAAUACACAAUGCUAAUCUCUUGGAAAAGGUAUUCAAUAGAACUUUCACAUCCCUUGUAGGUAUCCGAUAGCCAGUUUAAUUAAGAGACAUAAUGGUCUCACACAGCUCUUUUUCAAAUUCCACUCAGGUAAAUGGACCCCUAAAUGGGUCUCUGUCUUGCUCUAGGCCUUAAUCUCUCUUAAUUCAAGGCCCCUUGGCCAGUUUACACCUCACACCAACUUUUAAAAUUUUUCUAUCCCCCUUAUAUUUAAAGGGGAUGUGCAUUGCCUCCAUGUAUAUAAAGACUCAUUGUAAAUGAGACCCUUUUUAUAAUGUCUUCCCGUACCUUUGUAAAUGUUUUAUCAUUCCCUCAUCCCAGAAGGGCUGGAGGCCAGAUCAAGGGGCGCAUUAACCAAAUUGUCCAUAUACCAGACAGCUGUUUACCUGAUAGAGGACCCAUUUGAGCUGAAACUUCCACCAAAAACAAAAGCCCUCUCAGUGCAGCUGCUCACCUUCCUGUUGACUGUUGGUCUUAUUGCUAUUGGUCUGUAUACUUUCAUUAAUUUACAAUCUGAAGACCCAAUCAUGGUAAAUGUGAGACCCCACAUCACCUCGAGUGGAUACCCUCUUGGAAAGGAUACCCCAGCCCCAUAUCCCAGAGGGCAUCUCCUAGUCCAAGUGCUCAUCAUUGGAGAUGACUUCACUCUGACACUAAAACCUCGCUUCCAGCAACACAUAUGGGUUGCCUCUCCUAAGGCACAAAUUGGACACAGGACAUUUUUGCUUUUCUUCCUUCGAUACUAAGGAUCCCAUUAUAUUUCUGAGCUACUGUCUGCCUAGCCCAUGAUCCUACUCCUUGUUCUUUGCCAAAAGGCGCACCCCGCACACCUGUGCCUAAAGAGAAAUCUAGUAGAGGUUACUGCUAUCUGUGUUCUAAAUUAAUGGAGAUUAUUGCUUUCCCUGGAGGCAUUUGCCUCAUGUUAGUCAAAUCCUUCAGCACUUUGGGGAGAGGACCACCUAGUUCCCAAGGCGUUUUCCUACUCUCACCUUGUGCCUCCCACCAUGAUCGCCACAACCACUCUUUCUCCUUGGUUAUACACAAUCCCACUAAUCUUACAUAUACUUUACUAAUGUAUCAUUUCAUACUGUCCAACAGAACAACUGCUGGACCUGCUACCUUGAUAUAUCAUACCUUUAGCACACUUUCCAACUCCACUUAGAUAUUGUUGGAGACCCCAAGAAUUUCCUAUCUAUUUCUUGGUUAAUGCCAUAUAAAUAGAAAAUCUAGUUAUAGGCUGGCCUGCAAGGACUCCUUACACCUCUACUUGUGUUCUUCCUUUCUACUCUCUUAGUAAAAUGUUUUCUACACUGUUAGUGCAGCUUAUGCCCUGCUUGCUAAAAGUCUCCACUAGUAUCACCCCCAGGGAUUCCUUAAUAUGAUGCCAGAGCAUCACAGGGCCAAUUGUAUUGACUACAUUUUCUUAUUUUCUGUAUCCUUGAUACUCUGGCAUUUGGAUCCUUGAUCGAUCCUGGUGACACUGCCCCUUCCAGAACUAAUUCCCAGAGAUAGCAAAGGACUCCCCUGGAAGCAUGCCUUUAAUAUACAAGACAACCAGUCCAGAGUCCACACCCCCAACCAUCUCCUUCAUCAAAUUCUCACACGCCAAGCCAGUAUUCCCCUUGCCCUAAAUCACCCCAGAGCCAGGUACCAGACAGCUAGGAACCACUCCUGUAGCCCAGUCUACUGAAAUUAUUCAAAAUAUCCAAUCCCAAACUUACUCAGUGUACCUGCCCUGCCUCGUCCAUUCCUUCCCACAAAAAAUGUUAAUAAAGACUCUAGGCCAUGCUGCACCCUCUCCCUCUCUGCCUCCUGACUGAUCCUGGUCCUUCCCCGUGUGGCUCUUCAUGGCAUGGUGUGCCAUGCUUCCUGGUUCUAGGGAUAUUUGAGUACAAACUGUCCUUCAUUUCCAUGUCUGCGUGUCUUAGAAGAAAUCCCAGCUACAAACACUAAGUCAUUCUUUUUAUUAACUUUGCAAUACUCCACCUUGUGAAUGCACCACCAUUUGCUUCCAGCCAUUCCCCUGUUUAGGGCCACAUGUACAGUGGUAAAGAUUGUGAACUGCACUAUAUCUUCCUUAGGUAAUGUAUUUGGGUGAUACACUUUAGUUAUUGAAUAUCAUCUUUUCCUCUGGCAGAGGAAAUGGUAAUUUUGCUGGGUAGGAUUCUUGGGUUGUAGUCCUUUUCUUUCAUUAGCCUGUAACUAUUACGUCCACUGUCUUCUAGCUUCUAUUAUUGCAGACUAGGAUUUUAUAAUAAAACCAGUUUGAUUUUUUUCCCCUUUGUGGGGAACUCAUUCUUUAUAGCUAAAAGCUUGUCAACUGUGAGGGUUUUGUUUUCUUUUUUUCUUUUUAUCCUUAGAGUUCCUUAAUUUUAUCAGAUGUCUGAUAAGUCUACCCCUCCCCCCUCACUUCCUGGACCUCUUGUGAGCUCUUUCAAUCUGAAGCCUUAAGCCUUCUCUCAGCUCAGGAAUAUUUUCUUCUAAUAUUUGUUUAAUUGUUGCUUCUCCUCUUUUUUUUUUUUCUUCUCUGCAUGACCUAAUAAUUGCAUGUGAAGUCUACUCUACUCUCUCCUUCAUAGUCUUAUCUUAUCCUUCCUGCUCACCUUUUUUUUUUUUUUUUUUUUUUUAAUCCUAGAACAGUUCCUGCUACUUAGUAAGUGCUCAGUAAAUACUUGUUUUGUGGUUUCUAUUCUGUACUUCGAGAUUUUGCACUUGACCUGUGAGGUCACUAAUUCAGGCCUGACUGUGAUCAUCAGGAGAGACUUUAAUUAUUGUUUUAUUCUCCUCCCCACCCUACACCUUUGUUUUGUUUUGUUUUGUUUUUAAACACUUGGAGAAAUAGGAACAAUCUAUAGAGGCUUCUACUUGAAACUUUUUUUUAAUUGUUUCAUUCAAUUGGUAUUUGUCCAAUCUUAGUGACAGUAUAUAUCAAUGAACCUAUUACAAAGGUAGUAAUCACCUGCAGUUUCUCUCCAUUGCCUUUUACAUUUUACAGAUUUUCCUUCCAUAGUGACUUGGCUAACAGUAUAUGUCUUUUAGUCAUAUAAAGUGCUUGUAUCCUGCCAUAUUUCAAAGGACACAUAUGCCAGUUGUUUACUGCACCUCAAAUUGAUCCCAGUUUUAAAGUCAUUUAUGGUACACCUGUGAAAUGCCUAGUUUUUAAAAAUAUAUAGAAUGAAUAAACACACAUGUUUUAUUGACAUAGCCCUAAAUCUAUGUUUUAACAGGAAGUCCAAAAACAGCAUCAUAGAUAAGCUUUUUAUAUUUCCUGCCAAGUCUUUUCUUUACAAUUAAUUGAGGAAAUACCUUAAUAGAGAAAAAAAAAAAGAUAUCUUCAGCUGAAGCAUUCUUUCUCUUCAGUUUAUACUAAAAAGCCCCAUUUAAACUAGAUAAAAACCUUUAAAGAAAGCUCUGAAGACAAACCCUUAAACUGUAAAAGUUGUAUUAACAGAUAGAAAUAACCUCAAAAUGAAGACUCUUCAGUAAAGAACACAAAGGUAUAGAGAGCCUACUAUUGAUAAGACACUAGAAAACAAAAACCUUUAGCUCUGUUAUUUAAAGUCUCAGUGAGACAAUAAUAAAACCAGUUUGUCUCAACAAACUAAUCUCAAUUAUCUUUCAAAGAAAAGUCACUAAACCUAAUGGCUGCAUAGUUCUAACUCAUACUUCAUUACUGUU